CUGAUAGACUGUAUUUGCUAUGUAACAGCACAUUUUGUGAAAUGUACACUAGGAUCCAUAUGCUGACCUUAGAGGUAGAAUGAAAAUCUCUUCAUGCCACAAAAAUUCAAUAGUCAAGGCACAAGACACCCGAGAAUGCAAGAAAAGCAAAAGUCAGCAGCUGGAUCUUAGUGCCAUAGCAGGUGAAUCAGUAUCAUAGAAUGUAAUAAUAAAUCACUUAUAGGCUGAUGGGUUUAUAUCAAACACUUUAAAUCAAUAAUAGAGAAUUCCUAGAAUGCAUUUCUUUUUAGUGUGAGAUGUUUUUAUUACAUUCAUUCAAAUAAUCUUGGAGACUCGGUGUUAGAUGAUUUGCUCAACAUCUUAAUGAAAUCACCCUCAUACAUCUUGGGAAGUUCCUGUGCCUGGAGCCUGAUGGUGUUGCAGAACCAAGUCACCAUGCUGCUGAUAUCCUGGGUACUGAAAGGCACUCCUGAGGUAAGAUUCAUCUCAGGCUUAUGAGCCUGUGAGAACUUAACUGGUUGAUCCUUGAUCCACAAAAGGAUUCAACGCUGCUUGUGAAACAUUUAUGUCUUCUUUAUCUGUUGUAAACCGUGGGUUGCACAGAAUUGUUCCCUUUCCCAUUAGGAUGUCCCAGUAUCUAAGUGAAAGCCCUGGCAGUAGAUGCAUGGUCAUCUCACUUAGUCAAUGGUUAUUUCAUUCAGCUGCAGGUGAACCUUGUAGGUUUGCCUGGAGCUGAGCUGUUGAAAGAGGGCUGCCAAUAUCCAUUCCUCAUGGUGUGGAGCUAACUAUAGUAAGAAAUUAAGUCAAACAAUGCAAAAUUUUUUCAACCAAGAGGGUCAUUAAACCAUCUGUUACUUAUUAUUUGAUAUUCACAUGCAGUUCUUGGGAAAUUUCAGGAGAGAUCCUUGGCUAAGAGGUAUCAGAAUGUUGGAAGUCAAGUUUUUCUCAUACUAAUUCAGUACAGAGUUUCCUCCUGCCUGAGAGCAAUUUCAAACAUGUGACACAUUUCUCAAGUUGCCUCUCUUAUCACUAGAGUGUAACAUGGUCUGUGAUAAAAGGUGACACAACUAUGAAAGUCAUUCUUGCUCAGUUGUCUAUAUCAGACUACAAGGGCUGGGACUUUGAUGCCUAGCCAAGUAAUUGUCUGGGAAUUAUCUUUCUGGGAUAAUUGUCUGGGAAUCUCAUCUUUCUUACCCUUGUCUGUCGAGAAAAAUUCAGCUGCUUAUGGUUUUUAUCACUUAGCCACUCCUACUUUGCUAUAUUCCUUUUGUGGAAGUGUUAACAAACAAAGCAGUUAAGAUGAUACGUAACUGUCUGGGGGAAAGAAAGGAGAGAGAGAAAUAGUCCAAGUGACAAAACAGCAUGUUUUUUAUUUAGGGUAGAGCACAUUCCAGAGACAAAAGCAGGGUGCCAGUCCUUUAAUAGAGUUGCAGCUGGUUUCAAGCAUUAUUUGAUUUAUCAGUAUGUGUACAGACACACAAACAUACAUAUUUUGCUACUGCAAAAUCCUUUCUCUUGAAUACUUGUCAUUUUGGCUUGAUGGAAGUAAAAAUUGAUUCAUUCCCAGUUGCUUCUAUUUGGAAGGUCAGUUUCUUCAGGACUUUCAGUCCAUUUCCAGAGAGGGGAGAGUAACAAAAUCUAGGUAAAAAAGAGAUUUAAUUUCUGUGUAUCUUUAAAAAAAAAUCAAUAUAAUAAACUGAGAAAUCUCUGUAAUUCUUACUAAAAUGGAAGAUUUAAAAAUUAUGAGUCUUGAAUUCUGCAAAGUUAAGUAAUUUAAUUACUUUCUGACAUCUGUGUAGUAUUUCUACCUGUUAAUGAGCCAGUCCACUGUGGGACAACAAAGAUAACAUUUCUAUAACACAAGGCAGCAAAAAUACCCAGCCAAGCACAGUACUUCAGAAUAUGAACCAUUGUAAGAGAAUAAAAAAGAAUAUAUUCUGGAAGAUAAGUUGAAGGAUAAUCCAUUAGUAGCAGUGCACUUUUCAGUAGCCUGUGUAGGAGAAUCCAAGUUCUGCAUUUCUUCCAGGUGGAAUGGUCUGUUAUAGAUCUUGCUGUCAUUAUUCCCCCUUUUCUUUCUUGGUCCAUAGGGACAUGCAUGUACUUCAUGACUGAAGAGCAGGAAGGAUGUGACAAACAGGGAAGUGACUCAUGAACAAGGGUACUGCAGAGCUGCUGCUGCAACAGCAAUUACAAAUGUUUAAGGAGAUGGGAAGAGCGAGCCAGGCUGUGCUAUUAAUUUUGUGCGUGUUAAGGACUGUUAAAGCUUUUGAAAUGGAAAUUAUACCUGCUGAGAGAAUUGUGGCACAGAUUGGAGGCACACUCAUACUCACAUGCAAUACUACUGGCUGUGCAUCACCAAGUUUUUCCUGGAGAACCCUGAUGGACAGCCCCCUUGGAGGAAAAGUCAGAAACCACAGGACAUAUUCUACAUUGACUAUGAAUCCAGUUGGUGUUGUGAAUUCUCAUUCUUAUCUUUGUACUGUCAUAUGUGGUGAGAGAGGGAAAAAGGAGAAGAGUGUCAAAGUUGAACUUUACUCUUUCCCCAGUGAUCCUAUCAUUGACAUCAGCCCAUCCUUAGUUGCUGGAGAACCAGCCCCUGUCAUCUGUAAAAUUCCAGAUGUAUAUCCUUCUCAUCACCUGGAAGUUCUCCUAAAGAAAGAUGGACAGGUUCUUCAUGAGGAAUAUUUUUUGUACGAUGACAGCACAAAUACAGAGACCAAAACUGUGACAUAUACAUUUCAUCCCAUGGCUGAAGAUGCUGGGAAAGAGAUUACCUGUGUGGCCAGGUUACCAAUUGCUGAUAUGGAUUUUGAACCCAAAGAAAGAACAUCUUCUCAGAAACUUAAUGUAAAUUUUGGUCCACAAAAUACUGUCAUUACUGCAUCUCCAAGCAACUCACCAAUGGAAGGAGACUCUCUGAACCUCACUUGUGUGACUCAGAGUAACCCACCAGCACAAAUAGUUUGGAGUAAAUCUUUGGCUGAAGAAAGCAUUCAGCAUCUGAUAAAAAACAAUGUUCUUUUUAUUCCCCGUGUCCGUUUCAAUGAUUCAGGACGGUACAUCUGUGAAGUAAUUAAUCUGGUAACUAAUAAAACAGAGGAAGCAACUGUGAACCUUGUUAUACAAGGUGCUCCAGUCAUCACAGAACUCUCCAUUGAACCUUCUACAACAGUUCAGGAAGGACAAAAUGUCUCCAUACAAUGUUCUGCUGAAAGCAACCCUCCUCCCAAGAUAAUUCUAAGGAGAAAAUCUGACAAUGCAGACAUAGGGACUUCUAGUGCCAGAAGUAUUUUUCUUCCAUCUGUGAUGUUCCAAAAUGGAGGGGACUAUGAAUGUGUAGCAGAAAAUAAGUAUGGGAACAGUAAAAGUGAAAUCACACUUAAUGUGAAAUAUGGACCAAAGAAUACAAUGAUCACUGUUUUUCCUGCUGCUCUUAAAGAAGGGGAAACUGUGACAAUGAAAUGUACUAGUUCUGGUAAUCCAGCUCCUGUGAUCUCCUGGAAGAAAAAGAAGGCCACCGGGGAGUCUGAGAAAAUUUCUAAAAAUGCAACUAUAACUAUACACAACUUGAAAAGUCAAGAUCUGGGGCUUUAUGAAUGUGAAGCUUAUAAUCAAUUUGGCAAGGAAGAAAAAGCUGUGGAAUUAUAUGUUCAAGCAAGAUUGGAAGAACCAGAUCAGAUGAUCCCAUUCAUUAUUGCAUUCUCAUCUGUAGCAGCAGUAGCAGUUCCUGCAGCUGCCAUUUUGAUCUACGUGUCAAGACAAGCAAAGAUCAAUGGAUCCUACAGUCUUGUAAAAGCACUCAGGUUGAAAGUUUGAUCAUGUGAAUAUAAGUGUUUAGUUGAUAAUAAGCACUUUUAUUUAUUGCUGUGACUGGUUCCACCCUUCAGUAACAAAUGAGUGACUUGAGAACAGCGCCAUGUGAUAGCAAAUGGGCUUAUUUUCAUGUUCUCAUAAGUGUUUUGGUAUUUAAAUUAAAGGAAGAGCUAGAAUCCUGACCUAGAAAUUGGUAAAUCAUUUCUGUGUUGAAGCAUUCUGAACAAAGAGUUCUGUGAAGAACUAGGUUUGUAUAUAGUGUAUAAUUUGUGUUAUAAAUAUGUUCAACUAAAUAUCAGUUUGUAAAACUUUUCUUAUUGCAACUGUACAGAGAAAUUUUGUUAAUUCAAAGACAUAAAUCAAUAUUGCUUGAGCUGAUCAGGUGAUUUUUAUUUUGUAUUACUCUGCAGCAUGCGUGUUUUUUAAUAUAAUUUGUCUGGUUGUGGUAAUGUUUGGAAAAUAUUCUCUUUUCACUGAUAUUGCCAUAAACUAUACCUUCAAUGACAUUACACAAUCGCUGGGCUAUGCAUUUCUAACAAAUUUAAACUAAUUUUAGCCUUUGAGGGUCAUUUGCAAAACAUUUUAUUUUAAAUAUUAUUCAAAAUCUGGGGUUAUAAUCCUGUAAGUUCUAGCAAUGCUAAGGUAUUCUUGCUGGCUUCAAUCAUUCUCAGAUCAAUGUCAGAAUUCCGUUAUUUUGUGAUGAGCCAUAUCAGACCUUUCUUGUAAAAUAUAAGGGCACUGUAAAUAUGCUUUACAGAUUUCCGCUGCAAAAUAAAACUACCAGCAGAUUUCUUUGUCUAAA